CAUACAGAUCUGUGUAGAUGGAAGCUCCAGGACAUGUCAGAUUGGUUGACAAAGCAAAACCUUGGAGACUUCGCCCAAAGAUUCGAAGCAUGAGCGGAUACGAGUGUUCAAAGUUUUCGCAGUGCUACCACAUAGGGAGUCAUCUGGCAAAUCAUGUCCAGAUAGCUCAUGGUGACCCGGACUUUAAUUCUGUUUGCAAGUUGGAAGAGGUUGAUGGGAAGACGUUACUAAACUUGUCAGUGUGGAUGAUUGAGCAGUUGCUCCCUGCUAUGAAACUGCGAGUCAAACUGCUAAAACUGAUUGAACAGCUAAAAGGAGACAUAAAAGAAAGCUUGCCUGGACCCUCCAAUGUGCCUCGUGCUAGUAACACAGCAGCCUCAGUUUGGUCUACAGAGGUUGUAAGGAUGUAUGGCCACAGAUAUAUACUCUCCCAUAAUUUCCCUCGCUACUGUUACAGAGGCUGUGUGAAAAGAGUGAACUGUUCCUUCAACCACAGCGAAAUGAAGCACGAACAAAGUUGGUCGCUGCGUUGGCAGACGACAUUCUGAGCAAAACUCCGAAAGCAGCAGCAUUUG